GCACCAUCAGUCCGUUGCAGCCCCCUGUGGCAGGAUGACUUGAGGAUGUGGAUGAUCUGCAGUCCAGCUACAGCCUGGCCAAGGUCCGCAUGCCGCCACCAUCCCCGGCCCCUGUUCCCUAGCUCGGACAGUGCAUUACCGCCAAGCAUCUCCGUGGACGGAGGGAGCACAAGAGUGAGUCUUCCGAGCCUGCGGAGCAAGCAAGUGGACGACGGAGGGACCCUGGGCCAGCGGCUCCUCGGCUUGUCGGAAACAUUCUCCCGCAGCAGCUCCGCAAGAUGACCAGCCUGUUCCGUAGGAGCAGCAGCGGCAGCGGCGGCGGCGGUGGCGGUGGCGGGGCCACCGGGGCUCGCGGGGCCGGGGCGGGGGCUGGGGAUGGCAAUGCGGCCCCACAGGAGCUCAACAACAGCCGCCCGGCCCGCCAGGUGCGCCGCCUCGAGUUCAACCAGGCCAUGGACGACUUCAAAACUAUGUUCCCUAACAUGGACUACGACAUUAUUGAGUGUGUGCUGCGUGCCAACAGCGGCGCAGUGGAUGCCACCAUCGACCAGCUGUUGCAGAUGAACCUGGAGGCCGGUGGUGGCAGCGCCUACGAGGACAGCUCAGACUCAGAGGACAGCAUCCCACCAGAGAUCUUGGAAAGGACUCUGGAGCCCGAUAGCUCUGAGGAAGAGCCCCCGCCUGUGUACUCACCACCAGCUUACCACAUGCACGUGUUCGACAGACCUUACCUGAUGGCUCCCCCAACUCCGCCUCCCCGGACUGAUGUCUUAGGCUCUGGACAACCUGCAAGCCAGAGGCGGCGCUACAGGAACUGGAACCCACCCCUGCUGGGCAACCUCCCAGAUGACUUUCUCCGAAUCCUGCCCCAGCAGAUGGACAGCAUUCAGGGUCACCCUGGGGGCUCCAAGCCUAUGAGUGGAGAAGGAGGCCCACCUCCAGUGCCAGGGCCUGUUGCUGCCUGCGACCAGGACAGACGCUGGAAGCAAUACCUGGAGGACGAGAGAAUUGCCCUCUUCCUGCAGAAUGAGGAGUUCAUGAAGGAGCUGCAGCGCAACCGUGACUUUCUCCUUGCCCUGGAGAGAGAUCGACUGAAGUAUGAAUCCCAGAAAUCCAAAUCCAGCAACGUGGCUAUCGGAAAUGACUCUGGCUUCCCGUCCUCUGUCCCAGGAACCGGUGAUACCAACCCUGCUGUGUCAGAAGAUGCCUUAUUCAGGGACAAGUUGAAACACAUGGGAAAAUCCACUCGCAGGAAGCUGUUUGAACUCGCCCGAGCCUUCUCUGAGAAGACCAAAAUGAGGAAGUCAAAGAGGAAACAUUUACGGAAGCUUCCUUCGCUGGGGGCUGCUGCAUCGACAGCCAACCUCCUGGAUGAUGUGGAGGGCCAUGCUUACGAUGAAGAAUUCCGGGGAAGGCGGCAGGAGGGGCCUAAGGUGGAAGAGGUCCUAAGGGAAGGACAGUAAGAGGUGCCAGCAGCUUCACCUUGCCAGAGAUGCUCUGACCACGUGGAGGCAACCAGAGAGCUACACCAGUGCCCUCCAGCUGCAGCCGAGACACACGAGA